AUGGUACAAACAAGAUCAAAAUAUCGUUCACUUCAAAAUAAUCCAGCAGCAGUAGUGUCGGAAGAACCAACACAACUACCUUCAUCAGUACCACAACCUUGUAAACGAAAAAGAAAAAAUGAUAACAAUGAUGAAGAUGCAGCAACAAUAACAAAUACUACUAUUACUACUACUCCUUCUGUUACACAAUCAACAAUCGACACUCUUGUUACUCAAUCAAUGGCUGCAUCAUCUACGUCAUCUCCAUUACCUGAUCUUGCAACUCUGCUUUCAUCAGAAGCAGUUGAUGAUGCACUUGAUAAUAUUGGUACAGAAGAUAAACAUCUCAGCGAAGAAAGUGAUCAAGAAAUUUUACCAUCAGACGAUAUCAAUGCUGGCGCAACUGCAUCAGUAACUACUUUAUGGCAAUCACCAUAUUCAUGGCCAAUUGAAAAGAACGUUUUACAUUGGACAAAGACGAAAAAAGGCAAAGAUUGUUUAAUUAUAGGCAAUUUUAGCUAUAUAUACAUGUCUGAAUCACAGAAGACAAACGUACUCAAUCUAAGAUGUCAACGACGUGAUACAAAAUGUGGUGCUGUUGUACAUCUAGAUUUGGAUACACGUUCGUUCAUCGAUACCAACAAUGUAAAUCAUAAUCAUCCUCCUGAUCGAUUUGAUAUGAAACAGAAAGUUUUGAAUCAAAAAAUUGAUGACAGAAUUGCUGUUGAACCAACUGCAGUUUUAAAAAUUAUUGAACGUGUAUAUGCCGAAGCAAACUUAACGGAUGAAGAGCAAUUAAAUAUACGUUUGCCCAAAACAGCAGCACAUCCGAAGACACAAGAUUUUGAUAUUCCCAUUUUUUAUAGCCAGAAUACCCGUGGUGAAGAUUUUGUUAUUUAUGAUGGAAAUAAGGAACGGUUCGAUGGACGUUUACUGAUGUUUAGUACACCAAAACUAUUAUCUGCUUUGUUUAAUUCUGAUAUUAUUCUAUGUGAUGGAACUUUCAAAACAAGGCCAUUAUUGUUUCAACAAGUUUAUGUUUUAAUGGGCAGAUAUCAUGGUGAAACAAUUCCUGUGGUAUGGUGUUUGACUUCGUGUCGAACUCAAUCAGUAUACGAUGCUAUUUGGAAAAAAUUGCAGAAAAUUGCUAAACAUAUGCAAAUGCCAUGGAAAGUGACAAAAUGUAUGAUGGAUUUUGAACGUGCAGUAAUGAAUUCUUUUCAUGAAGCAUUUCCAAACAUUGAUGUGAAGUGUUGUUGGUAUCAUUUCGUACAAUCCCUCUGGAGAAAAAUCCAGAAACUUGGACUUACUACCUUAUAUGAAACAGAUCCAAUGGUGAAUACAUGGUUGAAACAAUUUAUGGCUUUACCAUUAAUUUCGAAAGGAUUAAUUAAUGAUGGUUUUCGGCUAUUGAAAGACACAAUGCCAUCGAAUGAUAACACAUAUCAUAAAUUCAUCAAGUAUUUCGAGAAGGAAUAUAUGAAACGUACUUCGAUGGCUUUUUGGCAUCAUGGCAGCAAUGACAUGAAAACAAACAAUUCUUUAGAGGGAUAUAAUUUCCGGUUGUUAACACGAUUUGGAUUACAUCCAUCAAUAUGGGAAUUUAUGCAUUUUCUGAAAGACGAAGAAGCACUGGUAUCACAUCGAAUUACACAUUUAGGUGGAGGAAGUGGAAUUACUUCUAGUACAUUAGUUUACUCAUCUAUACAAUCUAGAAGAAAAGCAGACAAAAAACAGAAGCACUUGUUACAUUUAGAAGAUUUGUUUGCUUCAAAAUCUAUUGGUUUAAAAGAAUACUUGAAAUCUGCUUCAUUCAUGGUUGGCAAAGUGGUCGGACAAAAUACAAAUACAAACAAUGUUGAUCAAGCAUCUGCAGAUGUACACUCGGUCGAAGAUGAAAAUGAAGACGACUAA